CAAUGCAAGUUUUUUAGACAAUAUCUAAAACUUAAAAAUGAUAAAAAUAAAUAAAUAAUAAUUUUUUACAUGAAAUAGAUUAGAAUCAUGAAAUAGAUUAGAAUCGAUCCUCUGCACAACCACUGCUAGAACCGUAUGAAAACGGAGAACCUUUGGAAAAUGACACUUGUCUUAUUUUAGUUGGUUAAAUAAAAUAAUUGUUUUAAAAUCAAAUACAUCCAAGUUUAAAAGUUGAAAUAAUCAUUUAUAUGUUAUUAAUAUUAAUUUUACUUUUUCUUGUAAAUCAUAAAAUAAAAUUACCUAUCCAACAAGAUCCAUUAUGUAUGGAUUAAAAUCAAAUAUUAAUAUUACAAAUUGAUACAAUUGAAUGAAAUUAAGUAACACUAAAAAUGAAAUACAAGAGAUGAGAUAGUUAAGGAGUAUAUCACCAUUGGAGUUGAAAAAAUCAGAUUAGUUUCUUAAUGUAUUUUCUACUUGAAUUAACACUAUUAUAUUAGUAAGAUACUUAGUGAAUAUCUCACCAUUGAGGCUGUUCUUACCAAAACGGCUAAAUGCUCAUAAAUCGAUAUAUAAGAACAUUUAAACUAUAGAAUAUUAUAAGAAAUCUAACAAAGAGAAACAAAAGCAAAAAUGGAUUCUCUAACACAACUCAUAGUUAUCUUCAUGAUGACUAUGUUCAUAAGUGCAACUAUAUCUCAAGCGACGACGACCGUGGUGAUACAUAAUAAUCUUGAAGGUGGUUUAUCGCUAGGAUACCAUUGUAAAUCGGGGGAUGAUGAUCUUGGAUACAAGAGUUUGGCACCAGGUGGAUCAGGAUCCUUUGACUUUAACCCUGAUAUAUUUGGUCGUACGUUAUUUUUUUGUAGCUUCAGUUGGAAUAGUGAGUCGCAUUCUUUUGAUAUCUAUAGCCAAAAGAGAGACAAAGAAUUUGAAAAGUUUGGAUGCACACAAUGCGAAUGGAGGAUAAGCAAAAAGGGACCAUGCAAACUUAACAAAUACAGUAAAAUGUUUGAUAUUUGUUAUCCCUGGGAUGCUUAACAAACCCAUAUAAUAUCAAUAUGUAUAACUCUUACUACUGAAAACAGAAUAAUAAUAAUAAUAAAAUAUAUCUUUUAAUUAAUUUAAUAAAUAUUAUUUUAGCUAAAUAACUGAAGAAAAAAUGAUCUUUGCUGAACACUGUUUGCCGAACUUCAUUGUCUUGCAUUUUAGUUUUUUUUUUUUAUCAUAUGUAUAUCCGGCAAGUCAAGUCCCAACCGACUAAUAUCUUGGGACCUGUCUACUGGCACCAAACAGAUCCGAUCUUGCAUUUUUAGUUGGGAGAAAGAGUCACAUUAUUUUGAUUACAGAGUUUGGAUGCACAAAAUGAGAGUGGAGAAAUACAGAAAAUUGAUCUUGCAAGAUUUAGCAUGUUUGAUCUUUGCUCUUCAUGGAGUUAUUGAUGUUAGAAACAUUUAAAUUCCAUCUCUAUCUCUAUAUCUAUCUCUAUCUCUCACUUUUCUUUUCUUUUUCCCUCUAAGAUAAUAAAAUGACUAAACCAAAGUUGAAUACAUAUAUACGAAAUUCAGAUGAUACAAUGCAUAGGCCAAGACAUCAAAAGCGAAAAAAUAGAGGAGAAAAAAUAGUAAAAUAUCAGUAACCUUUUCUUGUCAAAGAGAGCAUAAAUCGGUCCACCAUCCACCAUCCUUCUCGGAAUCUUGUAUACAAACUACAAAGACAGAAGAAAGGAAAGAUGACAAGCGAUUGCAAACCACCCCUUUGGCUGAUUUUAACCUUUGAUGGUGUCUUCCUAAGUCGCGUUUAGAUCCUUUUACUUAAUAACAAAUUAAUUAAAAUUAAUUAAACAAAUGUUUCUACAGAGAAAUAACAAAAGACUAAGUUAUGAUUGCGUGGAAUAAACAUUGUGUAUACAAUUAUUUUUAUAUAUGUUAUUAAUUUUGUGUUUAUUUAUAUAUCAUGAAAUAAUAAAUAUAUUCAAUAAUUGAAAAUCGAGUAACUAUAUAUGUAUAUAACUAAACUGGAGUAAGCACAUAAAUCAAAAUAAUCACUUUUCUUUAUUUACAAUAAUUUUUACAGUU